UUGGGAAGGGAGAAGACGAGUGCAUGUAGCUUUAGCUUUUGAAAUUAUUAUAUUAUUUUGUUGCAGAGUCAUGUAUUUUUUCCUGUGAUGUCAGCAGAUAAAGAUACCCUCUCUCUUAAACGAAACAGAGGUGGAGAUGGUGGGUUGGAUGGCUUAGGAGGGCCAGGCAUACUGGGAAGCCCUGAUAAGAAAAAGCGCAAGUCAAGUACACAGGUGUCUUCUUUUCCUCCUCUUUCUGAGUAUGCUCCACCACCAAACCCCAGCGUUGAUCACCUUGUAGCUGCCAACCCUUUUGAUGACAGCUAUAAUCCUGUAUCCUAUAAACCUCUGCCUUCUGGAAAUCCUUAUUUUGGCAAUCCUAACUAUUCCGGUUUUGGUGGGUACAACUUUCACAGAAUGCCACCGCACAUGCAACCCAGAAUGCCUUCUCUUUAUGGAGGUCCUUACCCCAUGCGAAACCAACCCCAUCCGUUUCCACAGAUGCAAGUGGGCAUGGGUUUUAAUCACACUCACGGCUUUAACUUUGGUCCCCACGAUAAUCCAAAUUUCAGAAACCAACCAGUGUUUACUUAUCAUAUGAACUCAAAUAUGAGCUUACCACCUCAUCCGCCUUUUAGACCAGGCCCAGGAGAAAACUUCAACCAAAUGCCACUACAGAAUAUGAACCAAAACACAAAUUCAGACAUGGGCUCCAACUUUGGGCCAGAGAGCAACACAAAUAUGAAUCCGCCAAUGGGCCCUAACAUGGAUGGCAACCAUGGUUUUAUACAGUCACAUAGUAGUAACCACAAUCAGGUAAAUGCUGUCGCUCCAAAACAAGACAACAGUCAAGGCCCAAAUAAAAACCUCAGUCAAAGCCCAUAUCAAAACUCUGCUUCUCAUCAGCCUUCUCAGAGUCCAGAAGAAAGUGUAAACCAGGACCUUUCAAACCCGAAAGUUACCAAUAAACACAGUUCCCCCAAUCAAGAAAGCAGUCAUUCAAACACUCCUGAAAACAUUAGUGGUAGCCAUGGUAACAGUAGCGCUCAGAACAAGUCUCACGCAGCCAUUGAAGGUGUUGCAGCUGAGAGCAGCAGUAGUAAAACAGUCGCACACCCGAUUCAGCUGAGUCAGUCUUCUGCAAAUCCUGUUUAUCCUUGCGGAAUUUGCAUGAAUGAAGUCAAUGACGACCAGGAGGCCAUUUUGUGCGAGGCUUCUUGUCAGAAAUGGUUUCACAGGGUUUGCACCGGCAUGACAGAGAUGGCCUACAACCUUCUAACGGCAGAAGCAGCAGCGGUGUGGGGCUGCGAUACCUGCAUGGAGAACAAGGAGGUCCAGCUCACAAAACCAAGGCAAACAAGCAGGAAACAAUGAUGGAUAACAACAAAGGCUUUAAAAUAAAUUUAAAAAAUCUUUUUUUCUUUCAUAGUUUUUUUUUUUUUAACUUUUUGUUUACUUCAGAAGCUAAUGAAUGUCUUCAGAUAAUAUAUCAUCAGUGUGCUUGUUAUUAGAUUGACUGACUUUUUCAAGACUUCAAAAGUCUCAGAUGAUUAACAAUGCUGUAAUCCUUCAUCCGAUCACACCCUAAAGUAGUUAUUUAUUGUAUCCUCUUAAUCAUGGAGUGGAAUGACCUUCCAACAAUGUGAUUGUACACUUUUGUAACAUUCUGUCACGUGUACAGUCUGUUGGUAUUUUUCCUAUUGGAGUGUAUGCUCCUUUUUUAUUUAAAGCAAAAAAUAAUUGAUUUUAAUUGUGGUGAUACAGCAGAAUGGAAAUGGAGUGUGCAUGGCAUUGUGUAUCAUAAAGCAAACACAGCAAAUGAUUCCGGAGAGAAUGAUAAUCUUGGCAGUGGCUUUUGAUUGUAAAUGCAGGAAGAAGUAAUAUGAGUAAGGCAGUUUCGUUUGGAUGGUGUUCUUUUGACCAUCUGUGUUUGUUAAUAAUGCUGGGUAAAAAGAGUAUAGUUUUCUUGGUACCAUGCUAUUUUCAAAUGUAAAGCUUGUGAUGUUCCAAAAUCUUUUUAUUUAUUUUAUUAUUUGCUAAUGAGAUACGUUUACUUAAUUAUGGCUCUAAACCAUGCUUUUUACAGACAUUUUAUCUAAUUAUAAUACAUUUUACACUUGUGAACCAAAUCAUACAUAUACUUUUAACUAUAUAUUGUAACUUUUAUAUACAUUUAUGCAUUUGUCUACUUAUUUACUACCUCAAAGCGCCUGACACAAUUCAGAUGUAAUUUGCAAGGUGACCUGUGUGACUAAAGUCAAUGACAUCUGCCUAAUGUUGUUUUCUAAAAUACUAAAAGUUCACAUGCCCUUUUAGACUUUAUUCAGAGGACAAUAGUAUAUGAAACUAGCUGAUAACUGAAUGCAUAAAAUGUCCUUGUCAAUGAUCUGGUGCUGUGGAACACCUUAAACAAAUGUAUUUAUGAUGUUAAAUUAAAGUUGCCAUAUGUAAUUUAUAAUAAAUAUUUUAACUAUACCAAUUGUAAAGGGAUUUAUUAACUGCCAACAUACUACCAAUAUAUUUUAAGUUGUUUAGGGUAAAGCUUUUUAGUUUGGCUUCCAUUUAUUGGCAGUCAGUGUAAUUGCACCAGUAUUGUAUUACAGCAGCACUACAGAAUGUUUCAUGUUUAUUAACAUAUUUAGAUUUAACUAAUUUAAUGCAACCAGAAAGGACAGGUUCUUAUUAAAACAAACAAACACAAACAAUACUUGUUGGUGGGUAGUGUGUAUAAAUUGGUUCCAUAUUGGUGACAUUUGUAUCUUAUAAUAAAAAAUAAAUAAUAAUAAUACACAUUUUUUUAGGCUAAAAAAUGUCCUAGUGAAAAGUAAAGGUGUGUAAUUCAAAUUGAAAAAAUACUUAAAAAAAAGAACGUUGUUUAACUUUUCACCCUGGUGAACUGAAUUACUAUGUAAUUAAAAGCGAUGAAAUAUUGUAAGUUGUGUUUUAAGCUACUGUAUGAGACACUUGAUAUCUUGCAACUAUUGUACACUACCCUAUGUAUGAGUAGGAAGCAGACCUGUAGUUGUAUAAUGGUAACUGUUAUAGGAUACUUACCUGAGAUCAUUUUACAAUCCCCUUAGCCAGCCCCAAUGUAUAGCUGCAAUAUGGGUACAAAUUUUUAAGUGGUUAUUAAAUAGUAUUAUAUAAAUCAACAGAUAAUAGGGCAGGUAUAUGAAGAGUAUCAUGAUAAUACAAUUGUACAGAGUUAAAAUUCUCAGUUCUUCUAGUAAAUGUGAUUCGUUUAAUCAGAUUUAAAUGGUGUAAGUAGAUUGUGUUUGGUACUCCUUCAAUGUGUUCGGGUCUGUAGCUGUAGCUAUAUAUGGGGUUAAGCAUCGACAGAAAUAUCCUGUUGGAAAAUCCCUUGGUAAUAACUUAAUUUGCAACUACAUGUCUGCUAGUAUCGCAUACCUUGGCCUGUCAUUAGAAAUUGUGUUUUGUAAGUAAAGACAUUUAAGAGUGGAGCUGCUAUUUGUUAUGCCUUGCCAGGGAUGUAAUGUUUCAUGCGCAUUGAUUAUAUUUGCAGAACUUUCAUUACGAAAUAUUUCAGUAUUUCUGAAUGAUUUAAAAAAAAAAAAAAAAUUUAGCAGUAGUGGGACGAGUUAACAAUAAAACCCAAUGCUAAUAAUGACUAAAGUUGUUUAAAGACUAUUUUGUUUCUGUGUAUUAAUAAAAACUUUCC